CUGCAUCUGUUCUCAUGCAUGCUAAAAUUUGAGAGCCACUGCUUUGUUCAAUAUAUAUUUUCUCUUCCAACUGUUCUUCAGCUUGCAUCUUCCUUGGAGAAUUAGUAUAAUACUUGGGAUUUUGAACUAUCUGUGUACAGUACUUGGCCUUGAAAUUUGAUGGAAGAUUGGAAAAUAUUAUUUGAGCCUUCUUUAAAUAUUAGGUUUGUUUGCCAUUCAAAGAGAUGAGGAAGAAGCUUCUGUGCUUUAUUGGCAUUUCAGAAAUUUCUGCCCAUGGGAGAAGAAAUUUUACCAACCACUGUCCUAGAAUUGAUCAUUACUCUUUUAAGCAAAAACUAGGCAUGAUUAUAUUUAUUUCUGUUUUUCUCUAGCUACAAGAGCCAAAUACUGAUCGACAACUUAUUGAAACUUCUCCGGUUCUACAGAAACUUACAGAAUUUGAAGAAGCAAUUGGAGUAAUUUUUACUCAUGUUCGACUUCUGGCAAGGGCUUUCACAUUGAGAACUGUGGGAUUUAACCAUCUGACCCUAGGCCAUAAUCAGAGGAUGGAAUUCCUAGGUGACUCUAUAAUGCAACUGGUAGCCACAGAGUACUUAUUCAUUCAUUUCCCAGAUCAUCAUGAAGGACACUUAACUCUGUUGCGAAGCUCUUUGGUGAAUAACAGAACUCAAGCCAAGGUAGCAGAGGAGCUGGGCAUGCAGGAGUAUGCCAUAACCAACGACAAAACCAAGAGGCCUGUGGCCCUUCGCACCAAGACCUUGGCGGACCUUUUGGAGUCAUUUAUUGCAGCACUAUACAUUGAUAAGGAUUUGGAAUAUGUUCAUACUUUCAUGAAUGUCUGUUUCUUUCCACGAUUAAAAGAGUUCAUUCUGAAUCAGGACUGGAAUGACCCCAAAUCCCAGCUUCAGCAGUGUUGCUUAACACUUAGGACAGAAGGAAAAGAGCCAGACAUUCCUUUGUACAAGACUCUGCAGACAGUGGGGCCAUCUCAUGCUAGAACCUACACUGUGGCUGUUUAUUUCAAGGGAGAAAGGAUAGGCUGUGGGAAAGGGCCAAGUAUUCAGCAAGCGGAAAUGGGAGCAGCAAUGGAUGCACUUGAAAAAUAUAACUUUCCCCAGAUGGCACAUCAGAAGCGAUUCAUUGAACGGAAGUAUAGACAAGAGUUAAAAGAAAUGAGGUGGGAAAGAGAGCACCAGGAGAGAGAGCCAGAUGAGACUGAAGACGUAAAGAAAUAAAGGCGGGCACGGAAGUGGUGGAGUAUUUACUUGCUCAAUAACUGUGACUUUUGCCUAUUGAGACCUGGCCUAGUUUUCCUACAGACAAUGAAUGAAGUAUACCCAUUGAAAUAAAAUACAAAGUCAAACCGCUGUUGUUGUUUUACUUAUCUGUUUUUAGCUGGAUGGUCUUUAUUACAAAAUUUUUGAUUUCUAUUUAAUGGAAAACUUCACUUUGGUGGAUGUACAGUAUUCCCUUUUAUUUUGUUCUUUAAAUAAUAAAAUUUAAGAAGCAUAUUCUGUGAGGAAUAGAUCCUGUUUUUCUGUCUAUGUCUUAGAUUGUGACCCAAGACUUUCAACUGACAAGUGAAAAAAUCUGCUUUAUGAGACAUUUUGACUGUACCCUACUAGCAUAUAUAUUUUUUGAAAUCUCUGAAUUUUUAAACUAGAUUUUUCAGCUUUCAUCUGGUUUAUCCAGUUCUCAGCUGUAAAUAUUGAACAUACUCCUCUCUAAGCAGUUGAGUCUACUGUAGAAAGAAUGCAUUUAACAUUUAACUGGCUAAUGGUGGAGAUGGAUAUUUAAGUCACAUAUAGUCUUUGAAUCAUUAGAAUAAGAGAAAGUUAUAAUUCUAAGCUGACACCACAUUUUAAACCAAGUGCUGUCACCCUGGGGUCCAUAGAACCUUUAAGAAGUUUAUGGACUUCAGGGAAGUCUCAGAAUCACCUGAAAUUGUAUUCGCUUUUAUGUAUGUGUUUGGGAUUUGGGAGGGGAUAGGGAGCAGGAAGGAGGAGGGUUUAUAGCUUUCCUCAGCAUCUCUAAAGUGGUCCUUGCAGUAAAGGCUAACAUGGCAUUAAAAGACACGACAUUUUAAAAAAUGAUAAAUAUGUUAUUUUAAACUGAACAUCACUGGUUUCUUAUUAAUAAAGGCAAAAACUUUCUUUAUAAAA